AUGUUCAAAAUUCUGUUCUGCGUAGCUUUGGUCUGGUUCCAUACAUCGCAGAUUAUAUCAGGAACCGAGGUAAGGUUUCUCAGCCUUUUUUAAGUGGUAUAUCGCCAGAAUGGCCAUGAAUAUAAAAUUCAGGUACAAUACACUUGUACCUUUACGUAGCUCAGCUUGCUCACCUUUGCUAGAAUCGAGACUGUUUCUCUGACAAGAAUUAUGGAAUCAUACAUUUAACAGCAUGAAAAAGCCGUUUUGAUCAAAGCAUUUCUUUCAUUUUUUCUUCGUCUUAAAAAUUAAAUUUCUGUUUGAUAAGAAACGCAGUUUUGAAUAGCUAGAGAUACAGAUAUGAUCUCACAGAAAUUGUCGUUUUUACCUUGUAUGAUUUGAAUAUACAAAUUUCCAUUGCUUUGAUUAAGUUGUUUUGGCUAAUUUUUUAUUGGGUUCAAGUAAAAGUAUAUGAGAGAUAAGGCACCAAAAUUCAGUUCAGUGAAAGGUGAUAACAGCGAAAUAUCUAACCAGGAAGAGAAAAUUUAUCAAGAAAAAAAAUAUUAGGGCACGUUCUGCGACGCUUGAAAUCGUUGCGGCACUCCGUGAUCUUUUAACUUUUAAUGUUGCCCGGGUAAAAUUUUAAGCUCUGUGACAUUCAAAUAACAGCAAUUUGCUUUUGAAAAAAAAAAGAAAAAGAAGAAAUUAUUCGUAUGUGAGACCAAAAAUACAUCUUAACACCUCGAAAUGUGCAGCGACCGUUGAUGAUUGCAAUAGCUUAUCCCAUGCUUGGUUUUUGAUUUCUACUUGCUAACAUUUUGGUUCGAAAAGACUCCCAUCUAAAAUUUUCCAAACAGCUAAGUUUUCCUAUCCAAUCAAAAGCCACAAGCGGCAAACCAAUUGUGAUCAUUUUUAACAUAUAACUAAAUUUUCAACACAGAAAAUGUAGAGUGGCCACACACAAAAGACACUUUUGAAAAGAAAUUUCGAGGAAAUUUUUCCAAGAGCACUUAAAAGCACAAAAACUCUCAAGCUGGAAAUUUCUAUCUACACGUAAUGAACAUAAAUUGAUUUUUUUUCUCAAAAAAGUAGAUUUUUUUGCUGUCAUGCAAUCGAAAACUCAACUAAAUCAGUUUGUACCUAGUCUGUAAUAUAACUUUUCCAUCCCUUUUAAAAUUUGUUCUGCAAUGUUUCUAAUAACCAGUUGGGGAAAACUUCAAAAGAUGUCAGAGUUAUUACGACAUAUGAAGGUCCAUUGCUUUCUUCGAAGAUUCAUGUUUCAGAACUUACACAACAUAUAAUAUACUAAUCUAUAACUUCUUAAAAUUGAUGAACACACUUUUUUUUGACCAUAAUAAAACGUGUUUGCACAGGUUAGAAAAAUAUCCCCUGCAUCUUUAGAUACCUAUAUAAAUAAAAGACUUCAAAUCCCAGCCUUUUGUAUAAAGGUGUGAUGGAUUUUAGUUUAAAAAUAUUCAUAAGGGUACCUUCGUUAGUGUAUCUACGAUCAAAGCAAUUUGAAUGGAAUUACAUUUUUUAAUUGAAAUAGUUUAUUUUAAUGCAUGACUUUAAAGUUUUUGGUUUUUGUCGUGUCUCAAAGUUCAUAAUUUUCACAAAGAUUAGUCAAUUUCACCCGUUUUUCAUAAGGAACGAUCACCAGAGGUUGGGACAUAUAUCUACAGCCGGAUCAAAACAUUCCUAGAUAAACAAAGUUCUUUAUUUCCUUGGUUUUCUCUGCAUAUGAAUAAAAUUUGGAUAGUCUGAAUUUGCAUUUCAUGCUUUUUGACUCAUCAUUUAGUUGGCAGCAAAAACAAACUUUUAUCUUUUUUUUUUAUAUUUAUCAAACGCAAACAGGUUUCACCAAAUCAAAAAAUUUCGACAUCUUUACAUUCAAGCAGUUUGUACUCUCCAUUCAAAAUUCAUCACUGCUUUAUCUCAUUCUGGUCACUGACAAGAGACAUGUUAUUUGUAGAAACAAAAAAUGGGUACGACAACUGUAUAAGUGGUUCAUGCCGUUUAAGAGAAUUUUUAUGUUCAUGAGAAGCCCAAUGGAGAUUAUGUCAUAGUUUUAAAAUCAUUUUGAUAAAGUCGUAUUCACAUUUAAUUAUUACAAUUUUUUCCUGCAAAAACACAAACUAGAGGAUUUCCACGUAACCUCUUUCGAUCACAAAUCUCUUUCGCUGCUACAGGAUUUCUGAGACAAAAUGGGAUGAGGUCAGUUUUUUGUCGCACACGUCCAAAUCUGCAUAUCUCCCUCCAGCUUGCGCAGGGAAUAAAACCCUGUCUCUACAACAUGAUAUAUUAUCAGGAGUAAGUUCUUUUUUUAUCUCACAAAUUUAAAUGAGCAGAAUUUCCAACCUCUUUCGAUCACAGAUUUUUGGCAAUAUAACAAUGAUAUUGCUCGAAAAAAUCAUCUCUUGCUUUCGCCUCAACGGUAUUCCUUAUUUUGCGCCGACCAUAGAGCUAAGAAACACAUCUGGCAAUAAUUCAAUGCGAUAGGCAGCUGAAUAUGUGAAUAACUUUCAUAAAAUGUCGUUCCACCGAACGAAUUUCCUCGCUGAGAUCAUGGAAUAAAUUCAAAACCAAAUCUGCUUUGUGUGACUCGUUGCAGGGAAAGAAUUCUAUCGCGGGGACAAAGAAUUUCUCCAAAACUUUUCCUCAUCGCAAGAAACUAUUGGUCAUUGCAACUUGUUUCCGCGAUUUACUCUUACCCUUUAACUCCCAUGAGUGACCAAGACUGAAUUUCUCCUUACAAUAUCAAUAAAAUAUCAACCAGAUGAGUGAUGAGAAUAAAGAAAAAUAUCAAUUUGGGGAUAAUUAGUUGAUCCAAUACUUAAUUCUUUGAACCAAAAUUACAAGAGUUGUAUGGUUAACUGUAAGGAGAAUUACAAAUUGAUGAAGGAGUUAAAGAGUCAACCCGUAUGUUGCGACCCAUAUGCUUUUCAUAACCUCUCAAGCUUUAGAUUUCAAAUCAGAAACUGAACUUGUAAAAUUGAAAAGUUUCAGAGUGAUUUGUUUGAUGAUCUCGAUGGGCCUAACUUCUUGAGAGAAGACGAGGGACAAAUUUAUAACGACGACGAGCCUGAUUACGACGAGGUAAGUGCGCUGUUUUGAACAGCUUUUUACCUUCACUUUAUGUCUUGAGUUAUUCCGCAGACCAAGAGUUCAGUCCAAAGGAAAUGACCUUGAAACUUCACCGACAACUACAAAUUCAAUUUAGGAAAUGACCGUUUUCUUGGUUUUUCGUUCUGGGCACUUCACGAGGCUGUUUUCAGAGGCUACAUCGUUCCGCGUUCCGAUGGCAAGCGUGUACUUCUGAGUCCUUUUAGAAAGAGUAGUAACUUCAGGAAGUUGUUUAAAUAAAACAUCAAAUGCUAAGGACUAGCUGUAGGAGACGAGGAGUUGGAGCUAAACGGUUAAAUAAAGUACUGUAUGCUUUUCUUCUAUUUCCUUCUGUUAUAAUUUACAGGACUCUGCCAUCACAAAAAGAGUGGCUGCUGAUGAAUAUGUUACCACAAAUCCAUCAAAACGUACGAAAUUGUUUUGCAAGGUGACGGCACACUCAACAGGAAUUAUUACAAAAAAAUGUAGGUAGAGGGCUUUGGAAGUAAUGUAAGUAGGCACUAGUUAACCCGAUCCCGAUAUCAACCUAUGCAGCGCCCUUCGAUUGAGUAAACGGCCAAUCACACUGAAUGAAAACGAGGCGAUGGGGUAUUGAGAACUCUAAGUAAAAACAAGCACACUGCGUGCAGUGCGGGAAAAAUUGAGUGAGAUGAUUGGUUGAAGGAAGUGGUGCUUGUUUUCUGAUCCAAUCACAGAGUGAAGUAGAACAAAUCCGUUAUAAUUCUGAACGAAUUACUUUCGAUACCCGAGGAAAAAUUGCUUUGAAUCGGAAUAUCUUAUAUUCGUAGCGGUAGCACAUCCACGCCAGUUGAGUGUUCUUGAUCAACGUGGAAUUUGUUUAUAUAGAUAUUAAUUAAAUAUAAGAUUAAAUUUCACGAUAGCAACACCGGGGAAAGAAGCGACGCUAAAGUAAACUUUAAAAGACUCAUUUUUCCUAAGAAUCAUAGUUCGCGAAUAGCGCGGUUUGUGGUCCGUCACUUGGCCUCAGAUCUCCCCGUUUCCAAAUCAUAUAAAUCUAGCGUUGGGCUCGAAGUAGAGACGAGAGUAAUCUUUCGUCGGGGCUUCAGCUUUCAGACCCAACAUUUUAGAGAUUUAUGUUCUUCUGUUCAUCAAAUCUGUUAUUUUGCUUCGUUUUCAUUGCCGUCACCGUUUUGUUUUCCUUAAUAUCCGUGAAUUCUUGAACUUCAAGCCUCAACUCACACGAUGGAAGUGAAGUUACUUUGCUAAAUCUGCCUUCUGUCUUCUCCAGGGAAUGCGAACAAGCCACCAAUUAGAAUUCCUAUUCCUCCCAAUAUUUGUCGGCCCUUUCCUACUUUUGUUGAAUUGCAAAAGCCAACACACGAUCAAUACUCUCCGAAUGUGGUCAUACUCCACCGGUGCCUCGGUGGAUGUAUAGGUAAGUUCAUUCAUUGAUUGUGCGUGUUCGUGUCCAUGUCCGUUCGUCCGUGCCCCUGUCCGUGUCCUUCUCCUCGUCCGUGUCCGUUCAUCCGUGUCCGUUCGUCCGUGUGCGUGUGCGUGUGCGUGUGCGUGUGCGUGUGCGUGUGCGUGUGCGUGUGCGUGUGCGUUUGCGUGUGCGUGUGCGUGUGCGUGUCCUUGUCCUUGUCCUUGUCCUUGUCCUUGUCCUUGUCCUUGUGAGUGUCCGUGUCCGUGUCGUAUCCUUGUACUUGUCUGUGUCCGUGUCCGUGUCCGUUUCCGUGCCUGUUUCCUUUUCCUUGUCCUUCUUCUUGUCCCAAUUGCCGCCGUUAUUGUUAUUGUUAUUGUCGUCGUCCUUGUCGUUGUUAUUUUAUCGUCAUUAUAUAUUAUCAACGUCAUAGUCAUUCUCGUGCUCGUCCAUGUUCAAGCUAUUGUCACUGUUAUUGUCAUUAUCAGUGUCAUCAUCUCUGUGAUUGUCUCCGUGAUUGUUAAGGCCAUCAUGCCUAUCGACUCUUAAUGAAAGUAACAUGCGCUUGUCUUUUUCAGGGUCGCAACAGCUCUUAAACUGUACAGUUAAACGCCAGGAAGAGGUCGUCAUACAGGUAUUGAAAAUCAACGACCUUAAACUUGUGAAUAUCACUGUCUACAAUCAUACAGCUUGUGGCUGUGACUGUAUCACACGUCAGUCGGAGUGUGAUGCUAAAAUUCACAACUUCGUACAAGACCAGUGCAAGUGCGAGUGCAAACAAGACAAGAGCAGUUCAUGCGACUCAACCAAAAUGUCCUGGAAAGAGAAAACGUGCAAAUGUGAAUGCAACUCCGCACCCAAAAUUUGCGACAAGUCCCCAAACCAUGAAUGGAAUGCAGACAUUUGCGAGUGUGACUGCAAGCGGAAAGUUAAAGAUCGAUGUACCAGAAAAGGAAAAGCUCUGAACAAAAAAACGUGCGAAUGCGAUUGUCCGACACCGCGGCCACGUUGUUCUCCAGGCGAAUCGUUCCUGAAGUAUAACUGCACCUGCGUACCAAACUCGGUCGUUACCAAAUAAAGAUCUUCAACUGAACUUGGUUUAAACAAAAAAUGGAAUUUUUUAGGUGAAGGGAUCUCUUGCAAAUCUUAAUAAAUGGAAUACGUCAAAUACUUCUUUUUGUCUUUUCAGUUUCGUAAACAAUGUACGAAAUACGUUGCAUAGGGUGCUCUGUAAGAAUCAGUCGUUUAUCAAGGACGUGACUUUUCGAUCGAGUUGCACGUACAAAACAUCCAAAGAUGAAGAGUAUCAAAGUGGUGUUAAUUUCCGUUAUUUUCUGACAUUCACGUCAGUCAACGGCUUAUUUAAGGGAAAUUUGAAUCAAAUGAUCAAUAAAACUGUCAUCUCCACUCCAA